CCCCCCACCCCCUCCCAACGCGACACCCACCACCCCUUCCUGCUUACCUUGGCUAAGCCGCUUUGCAUGUUGAUUGGGGGAGGGCUAAUCCAGUUUGCAGCUGUCGUAGACCAAUGAUGAAUCACCUUUCCGUCAUUUGGCCAUGCUCCCCUUGCUCAGGGAGGAGGGAGGACCUGGAGGAGGAAACAACAGUGGAGCGGGGCUGCGGCUCAGACGGAGACAAUGCGAGCCUCUGUUCCCCCCGCGAGCCCUCUCUUCCAAUUCUGCUCCAGAAUAACAAUAAUGUUUUCUUAGACAAGCCUUUUUGUGUCAUGGAUGGCUCCGGACUGUGACAUCGAGCCGCGGUAACAAGGAGCGACUUUGUUUCUGCUGGGGCAGGUGGAGGCAGAGUACAGAGAGGGAGUGUGGUUUGGGAGGACUCAGAGCCGUCUAGGUCCAGGUCUAUGGAAAUGCAGGAUCUAGCCAGUCCUCACAGCCGAGUAAGUGGAAGCAGUGAAUCUCCUAAUGGUCCCAACCUCGACAACUCGCACAUCAGUAACAAUUCCAUGACACCCAAUGGCACUGAAGGUGAUAACAUCACAAUGCUUACCACUGCAGACUGGUUGUUAGGUUCUAACUCACAGUCCGCUGCAGUUAAAACAGAGCCAAUGAGCAGCAGUGAAAUCGUCACCUCAGUAGCAGACACCUCUCUAGACAGCUUCUCAGGAUCAGCUAUUGGAACCAGUGGCUUCAGCCCAAGACAAACUCACCAGUUCUCUCCGCAGAUUUAUCCGUCCAACAGAACAUAUCCGCAUAUUCUUCCCACCCCUUCCUCCCAAAAUAUGGCUGCGUACGGACAGACGCAGUACACCACAGGAAUGCAGCAGGCCGCGGCGUAUGCUAGCUACCCCCAGCCCGGCCAGCCCUACGGCAUCCCAGCUUACGGUCCAUUGUGGGCAGGCAUAAAGACGGAGGGAGGUCUGAGCCAGUCCCAAUCCCCGGGACAGACGGGCUUCCUGAGCUACAGCUCUGGCUUCACCACACCGCAGACUGGACAGGCCCCCUACAGUUACCAGAUGCAGGGUGGUACUUUCACGACAACGUCGGGACUGUAUGCGGGAAACAACUCCCUGACAAACUCCACUGGCUUCAACAGCACGCAGCAGGACUACCCCAGCUAUCCGGGGUUUGGCCAGAGCCAGUAUGCUCAGUAUUACAACAGCUCACCCUACACUUCACCCUACAUGACAAGUAACAACACCAGCCCCAGCACGCCCUCCACCACAACCACCUACACCCUCCAGGAGCCACCCGCUGGUAUCACCAGCCAAGCUCUCACAGAAAACCCCGCAGCCGAGUACAGUACCAUCCACAGUCCAUCAACCCCCAUUAAAGAUUCAGAUUCGGAUCGAUUGCGCCGGGCCUCGGAUGGAAAGUCACGUGGCCGUGGAAGAAGGAACAACAACCCAUCACCGCCGCCCGACUCUGACCUUGAGCGAGUUUUCAUCUGGGACCUGGAUGAAACAAUCAUCGUUUUCCAUUCCUUGCUCACAGGUUCUUAUGCCAACAGAUAUGGACGGGACCCACCAACAUCUGUAUCGCUAGGCCUGAGGAUGGAAGAAAUGAUCUUCAACUUGGCAGACACACACUUAUUCUUUAAUGACUUAGAGGAAUGUGACCAGGUACAUAUUGACGAUGUAUCGUCUGAUGACAACGGUCAAGACCUAAGUACGUAUAACUUCAGCGCUGACGGUUUCCAUGCAGCAGCUACCAGUGCCAACCUCUGUCUGGCCACAGGCGUGCGGGGAGGCGUGGACUGGAUGAGAAAACUGGCCUUCCGCUACAGACGAGUAAAAGAAAUCUACACCACCUACAAAAAUAACGUUGGAGGUCUGCUGGGCCCAGCCAAAAGGGAAGCCUGGUUGCAAUUGCGAGCAGAAAUUGAAGCCUUGACGGACUCCUGGUUAACACUGGCACUGAAAGCACUAACAUUAAUCCACUCAAGAUCAAACUGUGUGAACAUCCUGGUGACCACCACGCAGCUCAUCCCCGCCCUGGCCAAGGUCCUGCUCUACGGCUUGGGAAUCGUCUUUCCUAUUGAGAAUAUUUAUAGCGCAACCAAAAUAGGGAAGGAGAGCUGCUUCGAGAGGGUAAUUCAAAGGUUCGGGAGGAAAGUUGUUUACAUUGUUGUUGGAGAUGGAGUGGAAGAGGAGCAAGGCUCAAAAAAGCACAACAUGCCCUUCUGGAGGAUCUCCAGUCAUUCGGACCUCAUGGCUCUCCACCACGCUCUGGACUUGGAGUACUUGUAGCACUGCACCGCCGCCGCCGCCGUACACGCCGCCUCGCCUCAGCACAUCAUGCAACCUUUCAACCUUCGCCCUCCAGCCCCGUCCCACGCUUGCCGCCGACCCCACAGCUCAGAAAGAAAGAAAGAAAGAAGAAAAAAAAAACCUCCCCCUACAAGCCCUGUGCUGCCUGGCGUCUGUCUUUCACUGCGUUGGAAGGAAAAGAGGAGGAUGGAAAGAAGAAGGCUGAGCACACGGUUAAUGUGCUGACAUACGGCCACACAUCGUCUUAACCCUUAAUAUUUUUUUUUUUCCGCAAAGCGAAGAGAGCGAGAGAGAGAGAGAGGAAGAGAGGGAGGUGAAGGAGGUGAAUUUAUGGCGCUGCAGCUGCUUGCCCUGGUUACUGUGAAUUGGCGGCUUUCUGAAGCUGUCAGAGUGUUUUACGGUCCCCCCCCUCCCCCACCCCCCUCCCACCCCGCUUUGUGCCGGGACUCUGUCGGCGUUCACACCUGUGAGGCGAGCGGAGCUACUGAUGGCCUCGCCUCGCCACGCAGCGAACCGCAGGCCCGCCACUCCCGGCGAUGAUCCCCUCCACCUCCACCUCCUUAUCUGUUUACCUGCUCGCCCCCCCCCCCCCCCCCCUCCCUCCCCCUCCUCCGACGCGGGACACACAGACAGAAGCGGGCCGCCGGCACCGGGAGCCCCGCGCCUCUUAUUUAUGAAUGAGACUUUGUGAGCGGCUCCUCGCCGCCGUGAAGGCACCUCCACGACGAGAGACUCGUGCCUUUUUUCUUUUUUUUUUCUUUUUUUUGCAAAGUACUGUUGAUUCCCACCACCGCGAGAGCGCAAGACGUUUAUGGAAGAAACAAACACGAAAAGGGUUUUCUAAUAAUUUAAGAAAAUUACAAAAAACUUUAUUUACAAUGCUGAGACAAUCGUGUACAGUGGAAAUCUUUUUCUUUUUUGUGUGUGUAAGUUUGUAAUCACUGGACUAUUCCUUCCUAUAUUCAUUUAGGUACAUGCUCUCAAAUGGUAGCAAUGCUUUUUCAUUAAAGUCGGGGGUGGGGGGAAAUAAAUGACAUCCCGUCACACGUUGGCGAUGCCUGAAAGUGUUGAUGUGUUGGAGUUAUGUUCGAUAAACUAAUGUGUAGAUAAUGGGGGUUUUGUGAUACAUUUGUUUUGUCAAGACCAAAAGCAUGGAUGUCAAGUGUCAAGGACCUUCCUCUCUGAGUCUGUGAGGCUUCUGUCUUCGGUCACACCUUUAUAUCGGAUAACAGCUCUCCUCCGUCCUUUCAGUGACAUGUUUCAGAAGGGAAGAGGUUGUUUUGUUUUGUUUUGAUUUAGUUCUUCAGAAAGGUCGCUCACAACUUGUGUCCUUAAGGCAUUUCACCAGCUUGCAGCCCUGACCCCGUUAUUUUAACCUCAUUCUGACGAAGGUUUUUAGAUAUGGCAGCCAUCGGAAGACAAAUUUAAAUCAAUCGGGAUAAUUUAAAAGAAAGAAAAAGCUGGCUUGAAUAGGUUUUAUUAUUUUUUUAUACAAGCACUAUACCAACUCUUGUACAGCAAGCAUAAUUUUGUAUGAUGUAGUGUUUUUAUUUUGACUUUGAGAAUACAUUCUGUGUCCCUCUCUGAAGUAGCUGAACUUACACGGAGGCCUUUUUUUUUUUUUUCUUUUUUUUUUAAAGAAGCGCUUCUACAUCUGUGGACGGGGAAACCAUAAUUAGCGUUGAGA